AUGAUUUUAAAAAGGAACCUAUUAUCGAGCGUAGUUGACGCCUCAAAAACUGUCUCAAUAUUGUCAUCAUCUUCAAUUCUAUUAAGAAAUUCAUCUGCUUCACUUUCGUUAUCAAAACCUUUACAAAUCAAUCAAUUUCACAGAUUUAAUACUAGCCAUUUAAGACAUUUCCAUACCUCCAAAAUUACUUUCAAUGAACCAAAGCCAUCCAUUCCAAAAGAAAAACCCACGUCCUCUCUUAAAACCAUUGGCACAAUAACAAAGUUUUUUGUUCUUUCCAGUGGGGUAAUGGUUUCUGUGCUGGGUAUUUCGCUAGUUGCAUUUUUUUUGUAUGAUGCCACGACCUAUAAGGAGGAUUCGUCUUCCGCAUCAAUUAGUGUUCCAACGCUAGCCCUAAACCCAAACCGUGGUGGUCCGGAGAAUUUGCCGGUUUUAGAUUCUACCUUGGAUGCUUUAGAUUCUGAGCUAAAGGGCGAAUUAAGCUUGAAUAAGCCAAAGUUAGUCAUUUUAGGAUCGGGCUGGGCAAGUGUUGGUCUAUUGAAAACAUUGAAACCAGGCGAUUAUGACGUCACUGUUAUUUCGCCAACAAAUUAUUUCCUCUUCACCCCCUUGCUGCCCUGCGCAGCCACUGGUACCUUAGAAGUUAAGUCUUUGAUGGCUUCUAUUCGUAAAAUCGUUAAUGACUUAAGCGGCCAUUAUUUGGAAGCUAAAGCUGAAAAAAUUGAGUUUGAAGAUAAAUUGGUUAAAGUCACUUCUGCAUAUGAUGAAAGCGCCCAAUUUUAUGUUCCAUAUGAUAAGUUGGUUGUUGCAGUUGGUUGCACUUCAAAUACACAUGGUGUUCAAGGUUUGGAGUACUGUUCUCGUUUGAAAACAGCUAACGAUGCAAUUGACAUUAGAAAAAAAAUUAAAGCCAACUUGGAAAAGUCUUGUUUACCAACUACCACCGAUGAAGAACGUAGAAGAUUACUAAGUUUUGUCGUUUGUGGUGGUGGUCCAACCGGUGUUGAGUUUGCUGCAGAAGUUUUUGACUUGCUAAAUGAAGAUUUGCCCAAAUCGUAUCCCAAAUUAUUGCGCCAGGAAGUAUCUGUUCACAUUAUUCAGUCCAGAUCCAACAUUUUAAACACUUAUGACGAAAGAAUUGCAGAAUACGCUACUAAAAGAUUUAUUAAUGAAAAUAUUGAUGUUCAAAUUAACUCACGUGUUGAAAAAAUUUUGGAAGAUAGAGUUAUUUUCAAGAAAAAAAACGAUAAAGAUGGAUCUGUUACCCUUGAAGAAAUUCCCUUUGGUUUGUGUUUAUGGUCUACAGGUGUAGCACAGAACCCACUCGCUAAAAAUGUUACUGACAGUUUGCCAGAUCAUCAAAAAAACAGGAGAGCCAUUGAAACAGAUUCUUAUUUGAGGGUUUUGGGCGCUCCAGAUGUUUAUGCCAUUGGCGACUGUUCUACUGUUAAAACAGAUUUAGCCGAUCAUGCUGUUGAUUUUGUCCGUAACUUUAUUAUCAAGAAACAUUUACAUGGCAUUUCCAGCGAUCAAAUUAGUGAAAACGAUAUUAAACACUUGUCCUUGACUUAUGACGAAAUCUGUGAAAUGGGCAAAGAAUUAAUGAAAAAACAGCCACAGACUAGAGAGCAUUUAAUCACUUUGAAGGAUUCUUUGCCACAGUACGAUUCUGCCAGUUGCGGGAAAUUAAAUUUUGAUCAAAUUACCUCCUUGUUAAAAAACGUGGAAAAACAAGUUACUUCAUUACCGGCUACAGCUCAAAGAGCCCAUCAACAAGGUAAAUACUUGGGCAAGAAAUUUAACAAGUUGGCUAAAAAAUUAAGCUUAGUGGAGAAUCCAAACGUUACCUCAUUUAGAUCUGAAAAUCCUCUCAAAACUGACUUAGAUCUAGCUACUGUUGGUACCACUACUUUAAUAUUUACGGAUGAAGAAGUUUAUAAGCCAUUUAGAUAUGUUCAUCUAGGUUCCUUGGCUUAUAUUGGUAAUUCUGCGGUUUUUGAUUUACCGGGCUAUUCGUUUGUUGGUGGAUUAGUUGCUAUGUAUUUGUGGAGAAGUAUUUACUUUGCUCAAACAGUUUCUAUUAGAACAAGGGUGUUGUUGUUUAUGGAUUGGUUGAAAAGAGGGUUUUUUGGUAGGGACAUAUUGAGUGAAUGA